GCGAGUUUGGCCGCGGAUGUGUUAUUUCUGAGUUACUUUUUUAAUAACUUCGGGUGUUUUCUGCGGUGCUGGGUGCUCCUGGGUCUCUCCUGGGUUCGAUUUUUAUUUACACACGUGAAUUUAAAGGUUUGGAGAGGCUCAUGAACGCUGUUUCUGUGGUUGGUCGAAUUAUGUUUCAGCUCUUCUCAGACAUUUGUCCGAAGACUUGCAAAAACUUCCUUUGCUUGUGCUCAGGUGAAAAAGGAAUUGGCAAAACAACUGGAAAGAAGCUUUGCUACAAAGGCACCACAUUCCACCGUGUGGUUAAAAACUUCAUGAUUCAGGGGGGGGACUUCAGCGAAGGUAAUGGAAAAGGAGGUGAAUCUAUUUAUGGUGGCUAUUUCAAAGAUGAAAACUUUAUUCUCAAACAUGACAGAGCGUUCCUUUUGUCAAUGGCAAACCGAGGGAAACAUACCAAUGGUUCCCAAUUUUUCAUAACAACAAAACCUGCUCCUCAUCUCGACGGUGUCCAUGUUGUCUUUGGGCUGGUUAUUUCUGGUUUUGAAGUCAUAGAACAGAUAGAAAACCUCAAAACUGACACUGCGAGUCGACCCUACGCAGACGUUCGGGUCAUCGACUGCGGGGUGCUCGUCACCAGAUCAGCCAAGGAUGCUUUGGAGAAGAAGAAGAAAGUCUGUUCUGACUCCGAAGGCUCCGAGUCCUCCUCCAGCGCUUCCAGCUCUUCAGAAUCCUCCUCUGACAGCGAAGCUGAAAACGAGAGGAACAGGAGGAGAAAGAGGAAAAGAAGAACUAAACCCAAACAGUCCAGGAAGCGAAGGAAGGAGGAGAGGAGGAAAGAGGAUCCAAGGUGCAAGCGAAGCUCAAACCAAAGACGCAGCCUUUCUGACAAGAGCGACCUCCCAGACAGAGUGGACGUGAGCACCAAGAGGGACAAGCCCGUGGUACGUCCUGAAGAAAUUCCCCCAGUGCCUGAAAAUAGAUUUUUGCUCAGAAGAGAUGUGCCUGUUGUCAAUGUAGAGCCUGAACCGAAGCUUCUUGAUGCCACUCCAGUUCUGACUGACCAAAAACCAUCAGUCUCCAAAUCCGGACGAAAAAUUAAAGGAAGGGGCACAAUACGCUACCACACCCCCCCUCGAUCCCGCUCGUGUUCCGAAUCCGAGGAUGACGAGAGCAGCGAGACCCCUCCUCACUGGAAAGAGGAGAUGCAGAGAUUAAGGACCUACCGACCUCCCAGCGGGGAGAAGUGGAGCAAAGGAGAUAAGUUGAGUGACCCGUGUACCAGCAGAUGGGAUGAAAGAAGCGCAUCCCGGAGAUCCAGGUCCUGGUCCCACAAUGGUUACGCUGACCUAAGCUCUGUGAGGUACUCCAGCCAUCACAAGAAGCACAGGAAAGAGAAGAAAAAGGUGAAGCAUAAAAAGAAGUCUAAAAAGCAGAAGCAUUUCAAGAAGCACAAGCAAACGAAAAAAAAGAAAGCCUCGGCCUCAUCGGACCUGGAAUCUUCUCAUUCCUUCCACAGGAGGACAAAGUCGUCUUGUGAUCGUGAGAGGAAGUCUCGUUCUUCUUCCAUAUCUUCCAGACGUUCCUCCAGAAGGGACUGGUCCAAGUCUGAUAAGGAGGAUCAGAGCUCAUCAUCUUUAUCGAGCAGAGGGUCUCGCUCUUACUACAGGUCCAGGUCCAGAUCCAGGUCUAAAUCGAGGUCUUACUCCCGAAGAAGUUCUAGAUCGAGAUCAGCCUCUAAAUCGUCGCGGUCUCGAAGUAGGUCACGGUCCAGUUCUAACCCCAGGCAGCAAAAGACUGUCCCCAGCUCUCCACGGAAUAUCUCAACCCGAUUAAACGACGCUAAGUUGGCCAAGGCAGCCGAGCCGGUCCGAGCAGUUCUGCUGCCCAGCGACAAAGUUGUCGUCCCACCGGUUGUCCCAGAAAGCCUCCCUGUGAUACCCCUGAGUGACAGCCCACCCCCCUCGAGGUGGAAACCUGGGCAGAAACCGUGGAAGCCAUCCUACGAGCGAAUUCAGGAGAUGAAAGCUAAAACUACCCAUUUAAUACCCACCCAAACUAACUACAGUCUGGUGGUCGUUAAAGAGGCCAACACCUCCUCCUCCUCCUACCGCAAGCGGGAGCGGAGCUCGGAGAGCGACCGGAGCGGCUAUUCCAAAGGCCGCAGUGACAGGAGCUCAGAGAGCUGGCCGAGGUCCAGGAGCAGGUCCUCCCGAAGUCGGUCCUACUCCAGAUCCUACACACGAUCCAGAAGUCCAUCGAGCUCCAGGACGAAAUCCCACUCUUCCGGCAGGUCCCCGUCACCGAGCAAAUACCGCAGCGACCGCUCGGGCUACAGCGAGUCCACCUCUUACUAUUCCCUCAGCGACGAGGACAGACACGGCAACAGACGGAAAUCCACGGGCAGCGAUCAGAAAGCCCGGGGCCCCAAACUGAGGCAGGAGACGAGCUCGGAGAGUCCCCUGCCUCACAAACGCCCCAAAGACUACGAUGAGUCUUCCCAAGGGUUGAAGGAGAGCGACACUUUGUCGUCCUCGGACUUCUCCAGCGACAGCGAGCGCUCCGCCAAAGCCAAGGUGACCCAGGAGAAGGAAAGUCGUUUCCCAUUGGGGGGGGAUGCUCAGAAACAAGGUAAAACCAGCCUGAGUUCUGAGAGAGGGGAGGAGAAGCCCAGGUGUGAGCGGGAUUCUGAUCACUCCAAAAGGAAAGCAGGGAAAGAGAAGUCUCUGGAGCAACCCAGGGGAGGGGCGAAAACGAAACGGAAAUCCUACUCGGGCAGCAAGUGGGACUCGGAGUCCAACUCCGAAAGAGGAGAGGCAAGGCACAAUAGGGGGGAUUCCAGACCUUCCUCUGGUAAAGAAGAAGGAGAGGCCACCUCAGGGUCUGAUACAGAGCUCAGUGUCACCAAAAGGAUAAAGAAACAGUCCAAUUCCUCCGAAUUUCUGGGCUCUGAUUGGAAGACAAACAAACAGUUGUCAUCUUCUGAAUCCGACAGUUCCUGUUCCAGCUCGGCAGACGCUCGAGGCAAGUCAAGAAAACACAAGCAUGGGUUGAAAAAGCAACUUAAAAAGUCGCAUUCCAAAAAGCCAAAAGAAAAAUCCAAAGGGAAGAAGGAGAAAAAACACAAAGUCCAGAAGAGAAAAGAGAUGUUUCACUGGCAGCCCCCCCUCGAGUUUGGGGAAGAAGAGGACGAUGAGAUAAGUGAAAAGCCGGUUGCCAAGGAUGAUAAAAAGGAAAAGCAGCCUACCGGGGACAUAAAGGAUAAAAAACAAGUUUAUGAAAAGGAUGAAAUAGUCCCAGAUAAAAUGGGAAAUGGUGAAAAGUCAUGUGUGAGUGAAAACCUUUUAGACAAAAACACCACGGGUGAGGCCUCCCCAGAUCGCAGCAACCUUCGUAAAGAGAGCAUUGAAACGAACGCUGCAACCGGUGCUUUAAACUCAGGGAUAAAUGUUUCUGCCUGCAAGAAUGAGAUGAAACAAGCUGAGGAAAGUAACCAGAACGGGUUGGAGGAUGUUAUUCAGACAGAUGACAACAUGGAGAUCUGCACUCCCGAUCGUAACUCGCCAGGGAAGGUGGAUGUGGACGUUUUGUCUCCUGUCAUUCUCACUCCUAAACCCCAGGCUUUAAGUGCUGCUAUCAAAAAAGAGCCACAGGUUGAGACCCCUGAGCGAGACGCUGUCAAAGUAGGAAACAACAUUAGAGACUUGAUUAAUAUUAAAGAAGAGAAAGAAACGGGAAGGCAAGAAAAUAACUCUGUGUCUGGUGCUAAAGACUGUGGUUUAAAAAGUGAAAUGACUGAAAAUGCACAAAGCAAUAUGAUAGACAAUAAAUGGAAGCCUUUGCAGGGUGUUGGUAACUUGCAGCCAGCAGCAGUCAGUACAGCCACAGAGGUUAAGAGUGUAGCAGUAGCACCAGAGCCUAAACCAGCAGGUUUAAGGAUUGAAAUAAAAGCCAAGAAUAAGGUGAGGCCUGGAUCUCUGUUUGAUGAGGUCAGGAAAACUGCCCGGCUCAAUCGGCGGCCCAGGAACCAGGAAAGCUCCAGUGAGGAGGAAUCCCCAGGCAGAGAUGACAACAGCCCCUCCAGGAGCCUCAGUAGGUCACGGAGUAAAUCUGAGUCCAAAUCCAGACACAGAACAAGGUCCUUGUCCUACAGUCACUCCAGGAGUCGAUCCCGAAGUUCUACAUAUUCGUAUAGGUCAAGAAGCUACUCGAGAAGCAGGAGCAGAGGGUGGUACAGCAGGGAUCGCUCCAGGAGUCGAAGCAGCUCUUACCACAGUUACAAGAGUCGUAGUCGUAGCUACAGCAGAAGUCGCUCCAGAAGUAGUUCUUAUGGUCAUCACAGUCGAUCCAGUAGGUCCUACACGUAUGACAGUUACUACAGCAGGAGCCGGAGCAGGAGCAAAAGGAGCGACAGCUACCGACGGUCUCGGAGCUACGACCGCAGAUCCAGGUCCUACGGCUCCGACAGCGACAGCGACCGCAGCUACUCCAACAACAGGAGCCCCAGUGAAAGCAGCAGGUACAGCUGAAAACACUUCUUUGAGGAUGAAAACUCUUUAUUUCAUCGUUUUCUUCAGUGUUACAUUAAAACAAAACAA